AUGACUUCAUUACCGUCAGUGCCCGUGGAACAUGCCAAGUUUCUCUCCUAUAUACGGUCCAAACCAAGUACGCCCAUCGAAGACCUGGUCAAACCAUUCAAUGAGUACGAUGAGGUCGCUCGUCAGAUAUUUGCUCAAGAGCCGUCACACCCAUUGGCCAAAGACAACCAUGCCAACAUCGUCCCCAUCUUUGGUGUUGAUGGCUCGGCAGAGCUAAAGAUCCGAGCGCGGGAUCUGGCAUCCGAGACCCCAGAGGAGGCUGACAAGUAUUUAAUGCCUCUCGACAAGGGUUCUCGCAAAGAAAACGGCUCGCCUGCCGUGGUCCCGUCUUUCAAAGAAUUCCAAGACAACUUUACUAUUUUCACAGAAGGCGCACUGAGUGACAUUGAUUGGAGCAACACGGUCGCUGCUGGAAGCGCAGUCGUGACCUCGCUCCUUCCAGUACCGGAAAAGUAUCGCGGCUCCAAGAGAGGACUUCGCCAGUACUACCACGAAGAGUUUGCACCGGCAUCCGAUGUCGAUAUAUUCCUCUACGGGAUGACAGAGGAGCAAGCCAUUGAGAAAAUAAGGCACAUUGAAGAUAGGAUUCGGAAUACGAUCUUAUACGAGACUACAACCAUUCGAACGAAACACACCAUUACCAUCGUCUCACAGUAUCCUACCCGCCAUGUGCAGAUUGUGUUGCGAAUCUACAAAUCCGUCGCUGAGAUUCUUACCGGAUUUGAUGUGGAUUGCUCAUGCGUCGCCUACGACGGCACCAACGUUUAUGCCGCACCCCGCGCCAUCGCGUCUUAUAUCACCCAGAAAAAUCAGGUUGACCUUACCAGGCGUUCUCCAUCGUACGAGAACCGACUAUCCAAGUAUUCUCGCCGUGGGUUCGAAAUCUACUGGAGUAAACUGGACCGAUCCAAGGUCGACCCGACGAUAUUUGAGAGAAGUUUUACCCGGACGGAGGGUCUCGCAAGAUUGCUAGUUCUGGAAAAGCUUCCCAAAGCCAGUCAUCGCGAGGCCUACAUGCAACAGAGACGAAAAGAGCGCGGGAGGCCUCCUGUGAACAUCUAUCUUCGUCGUAGAAAAGAGCUCAGAGGCAACAUCAAGCAAGACUGGGAAGACGAGGUUCCAGAAUGGCAGGAAGAGGACCAGGUUUCCAAUUAUCAUACUUUUACCAUCCCUUACGGUCAGAGAUUCAACGCGCGGAAGAUCGAAAAGCUUGUCUAUACUCGAGAUUUGCUUCUGAAUGCGGAAUGGAACCAGCCCAAGGACCGCCCAGUCUAUCUCCAUCGCCACCCAGCAUUCUUCGGUGAGGUUGAACAUGUCAUCGGCGAUUGUUGCGGUUUCUGCCCGCAACCUACAACCGAAGAGGAGAAGAAGAUUGCUGAGGAGGAGAGCAAGACAUAUAUCUCUGGAAAGAUCUCGUUCAUUAAGGAUGAUCCGGGGCGCCAGGAAAUUGGAAGUUUCAACCCGAUCACAGAUACUGAUUGGACGGAAAUGGCUUAUAUUGGUGGCACAGAGAGAUUGUGCCAGGCGAUAGUCUCCGAAGAUGUUGACGCCGUAAAUGCUUUCCUUGCAGAAGAGAACACGAACGUCGAUUGCCGAGACUACACAGGGCGUACACCGCUGCAGCUUGCUUGUAUGUCAUCAAGCCCAGAGGUUGUUCAGUGCCUCGUUGAUCACGGAGCGCGACUCAUUGCUCGAAUGGCGGAUGGAAGGACAGCUCUUCAUAUUGCAGCUGCCCGAGGCCGUGUCGAAAUUAUCCGUAUCCUACUCACCAAGAGCAAUCAGAACGAGGAAGAGGAAGCCGCGAAAGAUUCCUCAAGGAAGACUCGGGAGGGAGAGAAGACAGAUGACUCUGAAGAAGGAGUCGAGAAGAAAGACGCUGAUGAUAUGUCAAGGACAUCUGCUUCCUUUGUCAAGAUUGACCAUGAAGAUGCCUUCGAAGAGGGCGAUGAGGCUCUUCUUGCGGACAAGAAUGAGCUUGAGCCUGACAUUUACGAUAUCAACGCAAUAUCUUGGGAUAGCUUGACAUCUCCACUUCACCUCGCAAUCAUCCAUGGCCAUACCGAGACAGUGAAGGAGCUUGUCACCUCCUUUGGAGCUGAUGUCAUGCUGCCUAUCAAACAUUUCGACAGUCACGGCCGAAAACCGUUGGCUGCAACUCUUACCCUGGUACUCGUCCUUUCCCUUCCGCUAGAUAAAGCCAGAGAAAUGUCACAGGCCCUGUUGGAAGUCGGCGCGUCGCUUUCCCAGGCGGACUUCAAGCAGAAUACAGCAUUGAAUUUCAUUGUCCAAUCCGAUUACUCAGAACUCAUUGAUAUCUACAUGAAGCACGAUGGACCAGCAACGCAACGUGCAAUAAAGCACAUGACUAUCGACACAUGGCACCGCGGGUUCUUCACGCCUCUUAUGCAUGCAAUCAACGCAAAGAAAGAAGAAUCAAUUCAGAAGCUUAUCCAAGCAGGAGCCAAGAUACACUUCGACCAAGCUGACUUCUUGAGCACCAUGAAAUCGCAGUUGAACAAGAAUGACUUUUUGCUCAAAACCACUGACACCUUCAUCGAGACCCAUUCAAAGCAGCCAAUUAUUGCUGCUGUGGAGAACCAGCUGCCAUUAGUAGCCCUGGAACUGCUUCGUCGGGGCGCAGACCCAAAUUCUGAGCAAAUGGGUUCAUACUACGGGUCAGGAUAUACGGUGUUGGAUAAAGCGAGGGAGAACCAAAAUGAUCUGCGAAAGUGGAUAUCUAAGAACUUUCCUCCAUCCCCGAAAGAUUCAAUCGAUGAACCACCGUUCUUCCACCGGAGUGAUGAAGAGUAUCUGCAGGAAUUUCAACAAGACUCCUACAAGGCAUUCUCCGGGAAAGCCCAAUUACGAGAAGCUCACAGAAAUUUAGAACAGACUGCCAGAGACAACGAAUCGCGCAAAAGACGAGCUCGCGAACAGACAGAACAGCCCAAGGUGCUCUUGGAAAAGGCCCAUAUGGAAGAACUGGUUCGCAACUAUGAGCUACUAGAGACUGAGCUUGUCAGAUCGGGCGCCAAGCUAUGGAGAGAGCUUCACCCAGAACCCGAUCAGAACCAGAAACUGACAAAAAGCCCCGUGCCUCCUAAGCCUGAGAGUGUGCCAGAAUUCAGGUUCGAGUUCAACUUCAAUAUUCCUCCCCUCAACUUCAAUAGUCCUACCCUCACCCUCACGGAUGAGUUGCGAGCUGGAUACCUAGAAUUAUUUGAGGCUGCUUGGAGGGGCGACCUGCAUACUAUCAAGAAGUUGACUCUGGGAAUGUGGGGUCCCGCACAGGACCAGCCUCCCUUGGAAAUCGCCGUCUGCGACCAGUACGGAUUCUCCUGUCCUUCAAUCGCAAUUUUGCGCGGUCAUCUGCAGGUGUCUGAGGAGAUUCUCGGGAUCCUCAAAGCACAAUACAAGGAGAAGACCGGGCCCCGGCAGAGACUUGAAAUGCGCUCUGACGACUAUUCAGAUGACGAAUCUGACAGUGAUUCUAACCACGACGGUCUCGACGUUGUAGGCCGUGAGGUUGAUGAUCAGUUCACAUACGAAAACGUGGGACAGGUAGUUACCGACGUCGAAAGCUCCGUCUCUCCUCUCGCAGCCCUCCAGAAAUCCUGUAGCGCGCAUUUGUUCCUUGACGAGUGGCCGGAAAUCCAGCGAACAGUCUAUAUCCCUGCAGACACUGACUACCCGAAUUGUCGAAAGUUCAAUGUGUGUUCUUUGACUAAAUACGCUAUUGUCAAGAACGAUAUUUCGCUGCUCAAUUUCCUACUGAAAACUCGACAGAAAUGUCAAGUCUUCUCAACUCACUCCACGCCUGAUUUGCUUCACGAUGAUUUCCAGCUUGCGAUAUCACUCAGCCGUAUUGAUUGCCUAACAAGCUUGAUCCAAAAGGCGGCCGUUGGCCUGCCUCUGCAGAAGCUUGCCGAACAGUCGGGAUGCGAUACUGAAGAGAAGUACAAAUACUAUCCCGGUCUUUCCAUCCGAGGCAAGAAGCGCAAGGACUGGGCGAGUGCCGGGCGAGGAGAGAUCGUUAUGGAGGCGCCUGAAGGACGACCACCUCUUUUGAUCGCAGCUAUGCAAGGAAAAAUUACGGUUGUUGAAUGGUUCCUGAGCACUGCCCCCGGGCGUCAUUAUGUUGAGUAUGUCAGCUCGCAUAUGGAGGAUGAGCAUGUGCAAAAGCUCGCACGAUCUAAGCUUGGACUGGAGGGUUCUAUCUUGAAUUGGCUUCAGACAAGGAACAACCUUGUUCUGCACUGCGCUAUCAUCAGUAAACCAUCCGAGGAAUCUGAGCGUCUCGUUAAAUUUCUGGUUGAAACCCAUCCUGAGUGCCUGGAAGUUCGGUCUGACAAAGGGCUUACCCCCCUGGCUUUGGCAUUCUCGAUCCGUCGCUUCGAGUUCGCUUGUAUCUUGAUCGGUGCCGGCGCUAAUCAAACAACUCGAGACCGCGAAGGGCAUAAUUUGCUCCACCUUCUUCUUAAAUCCUCAUUCGGUAGCCCAUGCAAAAGUCCGGACGAAAUCACGCGCUUUUCUGGUCUGCUUGACCAACAGCUCCUUACAGCCAUGCUGGUCGAACGAGCUAGCGGGUCUUCAAACACACCUCUCUUCCUUUGGAUGGGUCUAGUCGCAGAUUGCCAGGCAGGCCAGCUCCACUACAAAGCAAGCCACAAGCCCGAGUUCGAUGUUCUCAACAUUCUUCUGGACUUGGGCAGCUCGAACAACCAGAGACACCUGGAAAUGCUGGACGGAUCUGGCAACACUCCAGUGCAUAUGGCCGUCGAAGCAGGCUGGCCUCGAUUCUUGGAGUUAAUGCUGGACCGUCGCCCUGACCUCCUGUACCGCGAGAACGCAACGGGCGUCACUCCUUUCGAUAUGGCAGUGGAUUCAUGGACCAAUUCGAAGACACUUUCGGUGCCGAAUGUAAAGGAGCACCGAUAUCCCACGUAUAAGGAAAACCCCUACGGACGAUCUACGAUUUCCUAUCACCCGGACUUUGAUCCCAGGUCCAAGCAGGAUGUCAUUUACCAAAUCUGUCGAGAUAGGGCUCAGCAGUUCCCCGGCAAACGAAGGCUUGUCAGUUUAUAUGACGCAAAUGAAGUUUCGAAGAGGCUGGCUGCAAUUAAGAGAAGCUGUCUAGAUGACUAUGGAGGGGAGGACGACGAUACCAAGGACGAAGUAGAUAUUUGGGGUCGAAAUGCCAAUAUCCUGUGA